AUGUCUCGCUCUGAUAGUUCGGAAGUGACGCUCGCCGCGAGCAACGAGUCGGACACACCUACUGGAAAGCCUGCUGCCGAAAAGGCAAUCACACUGCUUCCAAGUGAAGCCGUCAACCCCGAGAUCGAUGCAACGCCAGUCGAGAUCGGCGCAAGCCAAGAGUCACCGGAACAGGAGACAGGCAAUACCGAAUCGCAACCUUCGAAGGCCAUCCUGAAGACAAAUGGCGAAGACGGCCAGCGCAAACCGUCAAGCACCUCUAAAGAACCCAAGAGUCUCAAUCUGAAGUUAGAGGAGGAUGAACUCAGUGAAGGCUCUGAUGUUGAAUGGGAGAGGCCGAGCAGGCCGAGCAGCAAAUCUGCCCAGAUGAAGUCGCGUCUCAAAGUGUUUCCAAAACGGAUAGAACAGGUCAACCACUUCAACCGUAUCGUGGAGUCUAGACUCCUGUGCUUGGAGGAGACCACCACUGCCUUUGAUAAGAAGCUAUAUCGGCUAAUCAAUGGCGUGGAUAAACUUCCUCCGGCAGCUCCGCCGCCUACAGAAGCCAAGGUGCCGUAUAUGGAACCAGAAUUGAACUUCCAAGUCUCCAAAGGAUUGGAGAAGCCGUUAUCCGCGAAAUCUGACGGGAAAAAAGUCCCUCCUAGCCAUCAGAUUGACGUUUUUGUUGGAGAGCCAGAAGCGCAGAGAGCCGAGAAUCCGGGACGAAGGGAGCCGGAUUUCACCACGAUGGAAGACAUUGAUGUAGAUGAACAGGCCAUCGCAUCUGAGGCGGCUUUGAAGCAUUCAUCAAAAUCGACAGAUGAGAAGAGGUUGGUAGAAGAGAUGGCCAAACUGAAGAGCAAGCACUUCCCGGAUCGAAUUCGAAUCAACGCACCCGGGAUAUUGUAUCUGCUUCGAAGAUAUCUCGUCGCCGAGGACACAGCGGUGGACACCAUCAUCCUACGACCAUUCAAGCCCCUCCUUCACAAUAAGGAAAACAUACGCGCCAUGUUGCCUAAAGUGCUUCAAGCUCUGACAAGGAUGAUCAACGGACCGGCGAACAAGGAGGGUGGGCUGUUCGAAGUCACCGAGAUGUCAGACAACGCACUCAAAACACGUCAGCCUCACAGAACUGUCAAAGGCAAAGAGGAGUCUUCUAAGACGGGUGGGAUUGCUCCACUUACCGAAGAGCCUCUUACUUCUGACGCUAUCACGACAGAACAGUGGGACCGCGUCCUGAGAAAGCUCGAGAUUUUUGACGAAAACAACGGGUGUGUAGGAAAGAAUAUGGGGGGCUGGUCAACUAUAACUGAGGUUCGGAAGUCGUUCGAGUCCAUGGACAACCUGUUCGAUCACUACUUACUACCAGGCCACAUGGAUUUCCGAAGGAGAAGGGUGGACACGGUACGCUUCUGUGAUCUAUGGCACCUUUUCCAUACUGGAGAUCUUGUGGUCACGAAGCAAUCGGCCGCUUUAGAUGAUACAGGUAUUCAAGAGCAAUUGGGCAUGAGAGUUCUCAUGACUUCUGGUGGAAGGAGAGCCUUACUGCCUUCCUCGUCCGCACCAAGGUUUCCAACCUCUAUCACUCUACGCAGUUCUGAGGAAAAGCUCGAGGCUGUGAAUGGGGUCAAUCCGUUCUGCAUACAUGCAUAUUACUUGGAUUUCAACGGUGCCAGACCGGUACCCGUACGGCGACGAAUUGUGAUUGCUCCAUAUCCAGGAGAGAGAGACAUUCGUGACCUCGACGUCUUCCCAUGCGAGUAUGCUUCCGACACAGCCACCACACUAAGAGAACGAGGCAAGAACUUUGUCAAAUACGCUGCCGCUCCCACUGCGUUCUAUGUUGACUGUAAAGGCCUCGAACUAAGCACUCGCGAAGAGCUCAACGACAAAGUCAUCGUUGACAUGAAAGGAUACUUCCAGAUAAACCCCGAUGACAUACCAAGAUACCAGGUGCCGGAACAUCUGGAUGUAUCUGAAACGAUUUCGGAUCUGGCAGUCUAUAAGAAGUACAUUGCCGAGAACCCCUUAUUCAAAUCGUCGUUAGCUACGGCGGACGCGCCGGCUAUAAAGGAUGAAGACCUCGGUAUCUGCCAUUACCGCGUCUUUGCGUACAAGUUCCGUUCACGGGAGUGGGUGCAAGUCAAUGUCAAGGAUCUCAAGGAACCAGAUAAAGAAGAGAAGGGUAGGGGCUUUGAAAAGCUUGUCUUAUCGGAAGGUCACAAGAGCAUCCUUCAAUCUCAAGUCCAGGAGCAUUUCCGGAAGCGAGGAUCGCAAGCUACGACUGGAAGCUCAGAGAAUGAUAUGGAUCUGGUUCGGGGUGCUCCUGGAGUCGGCAAGACGUGCACAGCCGAAUGCAUUGCCGAUUUCGUAGAGAAGCCACUCUACCCUAUCACAUGUGGUGAUCUUGGAAGCACGGCAGACGAUGUCGAGAAGAACUUGAAGAAACACUUCACGCUUGCUAGCCGAUGGGAUUGCGUCAUGUUGCUCGAUGAAGCAGAUGUCUUCCUCGCGAAGAGGAAGCUUGAGGAUCUGCAGCGCAACAGUAUCGUAUCGGUGUUUCUCCGCAUGUUGGAGUAUUACAAAGGUUUACUCUUUCUGACCACUAAUCGAGUCGGCACUUUUGAUGAGGCCUUCACGUCUCGAGUGCACAUCUCGCUGUUCUUCUACCUCAAUGCUUGCUCUAAUCCUGGUGCCUCAGAUCCCGAUUUCGACAAGGAAACUACACUGGAAGUGUGGCAAACUUUCAUUGAUCAGACCACGUAUGUGCUGGAAAAAAGCGGCCGUAGCCACGUCACUAUCAAGGAAAAAGAGAUCAUGAAGUUUGCCAAGAAGCACUGGAAGGACAGCGGAGACAGCAAGCGCGCACGCUGGAACGGACGCCAGAUCCGAAACGCUUUCCAUACCGCAAUCGCCAUGGCUGAGUUCAAGGCAAGAAGCCAGAAGGAUGGUAAGGGCUACGACGAUCGUAAGGACGUUGAGAUCAGUGUGGGCAGAGAGGAAUUUGAAAAGAUUGCCAGCACCGCUAGAGAGUUCGACACCUACAUGAUCGAUACGAUGGGCACGACCUUUCAAGUCAAAGCAUCCAAAGAAGGACUGAGGAAAGAGCAAAAGAACGAGAAGGAGAAGUCAAAAAAGAAGAAGAAGAGUCGGUCCAAGUCGAAGGACAGCGAUUCGAGCUCUUCAGAGAGUGAGAGUGAGGAUGACGACGAUGCGAAGAAGAAAAAGAAGAAGAAGACGUCUUCCAAAUCGAAGAAGCGAAGCGACUCAAGCUCAAAUAACGAGAGUGAGGACGACGAUGACUCUGAUAGUGAUUAG